CGAACAACAACAACAACAACAACAACAACCACAACAGCAGCAGCAGACACAUCGCGAGGCUAAUCAUCUGAAACUAACCAAUUUGUUUCUCUCUGUCCGCUCCACAGGUCUCUCAGCCGAGCUGUACUACGUCCGAGAAGGUCAGGUCAACGAGUAUGCCCUUCACUUUACGGUACCGGUGCCAGCGAACGUGCAGGACAUCUCCUUCACGUGGCAAAGUCUCGCUGGAAAACCACUUCCUUACAAGAUCAACAUUGUCACGUCCGAUCCCUUGGUCCUGCCGAAACCUUCGAUGAACAUCUCCCGAGUCGGAGAAAUACCCACGCAGAUCGAAACAUUCGCGAUCGCACUCAAAUGUGCCGGACGGGAUCCGGCAGAAGUUGAAGUUACGAUCACCAUCGAAGUUACACUGAACCGGGCCACUGGAAACGCCACGGAGCUAGUCUUCCGAAGAAAAAAGAUCUGCCUCAAUAAUGAACACCCGGAUGCCAAUCAACCGGAUCCAUAUCUCCUGGAAACGGUAACUCACACACAAAACGGCCUCAUCACCCUUAUCGUGGGAGGCAUCCUAGCGAUUGUCCUGGUAGCGAUCCUCAUUUCCAUAGCCUACUGCGCACGGGGUCCUCUGAAACGGAAACCUCACCACGCUCAACCCAUCAGGACUUCCAGCUUCCAACGUCUCCAAACACACCCUCCAUCGGCACCAUCGUCGAUCGUUUCUCCACCGUCGAUCACUCCCACGAUUGCCACCCUAUCCCGGAACAAAAUCUACGCCAACGCCGAACCAGAAGAGUUGCAGCGACGUAUCUCCGAACUGACCGUUCAACGGUGCCGCGUUCGGUUGUCUUCUCUCCUUCAGGAAGGCACCUUCGGCCGGGUCUACCGUGGUUCCUACAACGAUAGUCAGGAAGUUCUAGUCAAAACCGUUGGACAGCACGCAUCACAAAUCCAAGUCUCGUUGCUCCUGCAGGAAGGAAUGAGCCUGUACGGUGCACAACACCCGGGAAUCCUAUCCGUACUUGGCGUUUCGAUUGAGGAUCACACAGCCCCCUUCCUGCUCUACCUUGCACCGGAUAGCAUGCGAAACCUGAAGAUCUUCCUACAGGAACCCAUCGCUCGAACCCUGACUACGAUUCAGAUCGUUAAAAUCCAACUACAGUUAGCACAGGCUCUGGGACAUUUGCACAGCCACGGAGUGAUCCACAAGGACAUCGCCGCUCGGAAUUGCGUAAUCGACGAUCAGUUGCGAGUGAAGCUGGCGGACAAUUCGCUUGCGCGGGAUCUGUUCCCCGGCGAUUACUACUGCUUGGGUGACAGCGAGAAUCGCCCGAUCAAGUGGCUAGCACUGGAAGCCAUCCAGUACAAGCAGUUCAGCGAAGCGUCCGAUACGUGGGCCUUCGGAGUGCUGAUGUGGGAACUGUGCACGCUGGCACGGCAGCCGUACGCUGAGGUUGAUCCAUUCGAGAUGGAGCACUACCUGCGGGAUGGAUACCGAUUAUCGCAGCCAAUCAACUGUCCCGAUGAGCUGUUCGCAAUCAUGGCCUACUGCUGGACGAUGCUUCCGAUGGAGCGACCCUCCUUCGAGCAGCUCCAGGUGUGCCUGCAAGAUUUCUACGCCCAGAUCACUCGGUACGUCUAGGGUCUACCGAACGCCGCAGCAAACGGUGCGGUAGUUCCUAUUAUGGCCAAUGGUCAACGUGAUUCAAAAUUACAAAAACAGCUACUCCAAUCCCAACACCAACAACAGCAGCAGCAGCAACAACAACAACAACAACAACAACAACAGCGGUUUUACAUGUUUCCUACGCCACGUGCACUUUCGCUUAGCUUUAGCUUCCGGGUAAAGAACCGACACAACAACAGCAACAACACCAGUAGCACAUUCGGCGCGAACAGCACUAUGCCGCCGAGCAGUAACAAUAACAACAAUAAUCACAUCUACGAGAGCCCGCAGGAUGCCCUGGUCGGUGCCUGCCAGACGCUGCCCGUUCGAACUAAAAUUGGUGCCGUUUCGUGACAUAAGGCCAAAGUGGCCACCAUCAGCCGCAGCAAUGGUGGACCGCUGGCGACGAUUCGCGAGUCACGCAGCAGCAAGACUCGUGACAAGUCACUCAAAAAACACAUCCGAAAUAGCAUACAAUCAAACGGUGGCAAGGAGACAAAUAAUGGAAACGCUUUUGUUAUACACUGCAACAGCAAUGGUAUUGAUAACUGAUGCUUGUAAGGCUGGGGGAUUGGACACUGUGGAAUCUCAAUUAGGAAUGCAGGUUGAGCAUUCAGAGCAGUGGAAACAGAAUACACAUAAUUCGUGCCAAAAAAUAUUUGCUAGAACUCGUAGGAUAGAACUUGUCGACAUCGAUUAAUCAACACACACACAACUCCAAUAUCCGUUUAGCUGAGGUAGAUUAAAUUUUGACAAAGCGGAAAAUCUUACUUAUACACAUACUGAACACAUUUUAUAUCGAUCGUACACACCCGUAGACACCAUCAAAUUCAUAUCCAUUCCCAUGAUUGCAAGAUAUCCUGAUAUAGACAAUUGUGUCUACUAAUGUCUGUAAAAUUUGUUGUAAAUAUUAUUUUUAUUAUGAGAUUUUUUAAUUCGCUAGGUUUAAUGACAGAAUCAAAACUUUAAAGAUCAAACGACGUAUUUAUUUAAAUCAUUUUGUUGAAUCGCGAAGCACAACAAAUUCCAUAUAACCAUCAAUGAACACUGUUGUUGGUAGCAAACCGAUUAGCUUAAACCAUAACCUAUGAAAUAGAUCAUCAAUAAAGGAAAAUUCACAUAAUCUGUCCUAGACUAGAAAAGCCGAUAGGGAAAAAAUGCCUCGAAUUUACUCACGCAAGCCACGAAAAUUUGUAACGCAGUAAAAUCGAAUUUGCAAUUAACCGACCCGCACUGCCGAGAUUUGUAGACUGAAAAUUAUCCUCCCAACAAGCGACACUUUCACGUUUUCGCCGAUUCUCGAAAGCAAUGUAAAUAUACUACUUAAGUGUACAAAGUUUGUUUCAUCCGUUUUCUGCCAUUCCUAUUUUGAAUCCUACGUGAGUUUUUCUCUAGUUAAGUUUUCGCGAUUCCUGUUGUAUAGAUUGGCGAACAAGGAGGAGAUUGUAAUUAGUUGAAAUGAUAAGAAA